GAGAAGAGGUGCACACUCUACGCCAGUUGGUAGCAAUGGAGUCUCUUCGGUGGAAGUGCAAUUGUUUACAGUCUUCUCUCGGCCGCUCCCUCCUCCUUCGAGCCCGCAAGCGAUCCUUCAUCUUCCUCGUGUGUGGCGGAUUCCUACUCAUCCACUUUUGGUUCGGCCUCAAGAGUGGACUCAGGAGGAUAUACCUGGACGAGCGGGUAUUCGCAGGAGACGAUGGAUCCGCAGAGGAAAGUCAUGACGUCACGCAGAGGCUUUUGGAGAGGAAGGAGAACCUUUUGCAAAAAUGCAGUGAGAUGGAAGAGAAACUGGAAACUGGAGGGAAGGAGAGCAUUUUCAAAAGUAUGAUUAAAGCGAAGUUGUUAUAUAACGCUGAACACAAACUGAUGGUCUGCGUGGUUGCAAAGGCCGGAGCGAGCACGUGGAGGAGGCAUAUGCUGACCCUCCUGGGACUCGACGAGGAGGAUAUGCAGCAUACCACCAAAUAUGCAAAACUAAUCGAAGCAAAGAAGAUGAUAGACCUUCGCGAGAUGAAGGAAGUCCUGCAGAAUCCUCACACGACGUGGAUUAUGAAUACCAGGCAUCCACUAGAGCGUCUUGUGUCCACCUACAGGGAUAAAUUCAUGGACGGAAAUGGCGUAAAAGAAAUGAAGUUGAUCGAGUACGUGAGAUGGAUGAAGAUAGAGAGAGAUGAGACUUAUGUCAACAAUAGCUUAACCUUCCAGGAGUUCCUGGAGGCUGUCAUAUUAGAUAACGAGAGGAACGGCAGAGCGGGCAUGAGCGACUACCUGCGGCCGAGUAGUACUGUCUGCAGCCCCUGUGCCCUCUCCUACGAUUACAUCAUCCGUACCGAGACCUUUUCCGAGGACCUGGCUUGCAUCGCCAAUAAAUUACAGCUAGAAGGGAUGGAUCCUGCUCUGCGAGUAAAUAACAAGUUGGGCGGGUCACGUUCUACGACGUAUAGGGAGUACUAUAAGGGUAUUCCUUAUGAGGUGCUGCGGGGAAUCUUUUUCGUUUAUGAGGAGGAUUUCUUUCUCUUCGGUUUCGAUUUGCCGUCUUUCUUGCUGGAGGCUUUACGGGAGUGGUGAAAUUGUGACCGCUUAAAGCCAUGUAGUAUGUCUGCAUAUGUCAUAAAAACAACUGGUUUGAUUAUAUUUGUUUUAUUAUGAAAUAUACUGAGAGUUGCAA